AUGGAGGUCACGGAAGACAUCGGGUACUACCAGAUCCUCGACAACUACACGAUAUGGAGGUUGGAAACCGUCGUCGACUCCGAUGAAGCCUCAGCAACACUUCUCACGUCACAAAAUUAUCUCAACAUUCAACCGCAGUUGUUUCCUCCCUCAUCACCUGCGGAGUCGUCACCUAAUAUUUCUUACGAAAUUCCAUUGCACAAAAAGAGAAAUCUAAUUAAAAAUUUGGAAACAUUGAUAAAAGAUAUGCAACAAAAAGUAUCGAGAAUAAAAGCGGAGAUUCCUGACAACACGAAAUUCAACAAAUUUGUUCUCGAAUUGUUGGUCAUCAGAUAA